AUGAGGAUUUCUUACGUCAGCGCGCUUCGUCGCAGCCAACUGAGCGAAUGUUGCAAAUUUCGCAUCACGCACAAAAGCGACCCGAAACGAGACUUCACGAUCGGAAACAAGGACGGUGUGCUGAAAGUGGCGAAACCCCUCGAUCGCGAAACGAUACCUCAGUACAAACUGCAGAUUGAGGCAGUCGAUGCAGGUAAUAGUUACUUUUGUUUUUCGUCGCAUGCGUGGCAUCGUCCCAUUUUCCCUUCAACUCUGUGCUCUAGAUUGGUCCCAACUUUUGAGUUGAACCGAUGGCAAGCUUCCUGCCGUCCGAAUCAUGUAGGUACUCGGGGGCCCGAUUGUUAAAC